CCGUCGCUGAAGUGUGAGGAGGGAGGGAGAGGGAGUCCUGCCUGGAGUCUUCGGAAAUGCCGGCAUGUUUCAAGUCCCAGUAAAAACCUGCAGCGCUUUAGAUUCUGGUUGUGGUGGCAGAGGGAGGGAGGCCUGGAAUUGCUUCCGUAUUUUAAAAAUUAUCUGUUGAUAUGUGCAUGAGUUAAAUCGCAGCAAUUCAUGUAUUAGUUUCAAUUGGCAAGAAUAUCUUCAUGGUUUCCACAAAAAUCAUAAUUUGCUGUUACAGUACAGACUAAAGAACUUAGUGCAGGCAUGCUGCUAGUGAUCUUUUGUAUGUAUUUCGGGGGCUGCUUUAUCUGACUGUCUACUUCUACCUACCAACCAUAAAUCUUACUAAGUGUGUCUGUUGCUUUUCCUGUUCAUUUUUGAUGCAUCUUACUCUGUAGAGACCUUCCAGCAGAAUAGAAUACUCCAGCACUGACUGCCAGGAGAACUGCCCCAAAGAUACAGUGCCAGUCAGUUACCCAUGUGCUUCAUCCCUGAAGAGCUUUGUAGACAGAGUCUGCAGCAAAGAAAGAGCAAAACAGUACAGUGGGGAAAAGGUGUCAUUAGUAAAAGAAGAAUGUAGAGUUGAAAAGCAAAACAGUGGGCCUUUCUAAAUGAGAAGAACAAACACCAGUGUCAGGACUGAAUGUCUAAGAAUGGGAAGAAUAUCAGUGUUUUGGGGGCCAGUACUGAUCAGUUGCUGAGGUUUCUGGUAUGUCCACCUCCAUAAGUUAAUAGCUAUUUUAGGAGCGCUGAAUACCUGGUAGCACAGGCUUCUGCCUUCCUCUAAAAGAGGUGGUGGUACAAAUGAGAACUUCCACUGAAAAACAGAGAGGACAGUUGUGCUCUUGCUACGGAAGAUAGCUUAGUUUUCUUCAAUGGGCAGAGCAGGAUUUCUAGAACUGCAGUUCCUAAGCCUGAUCAAUUUUCAGGGUCAUGCCUUCUUCUCUCUAUCUUGGGAAAAAAUUUAACCGUGACAUCUAACUUCUUGAGGGAAGCAGUAGCCUGAGGAGAGGCCAGAAAAAGUAGUUAUAUCAUUGUGGUUUUUUGUUUGACACCAUAUUGACCUUAUGUUUUUUACAAACUAAAAGAAGGAUAGCAGAGGUUUCUUUGUCUAGAUAUUCACAUCCUUUCCUCUCAGGAAGGUAAUGAUCUUUUUGUGUUUGUCUUUUGUAGAACAUGACUUCAGCAGAGUUUGCAGUGGAUAGCAACUUUUCACCGAAAGCUAGCACAAGCAAGCUGCAUCAGACAGUGCCAACAGAUGCAUCUCCUGACUCUAAAUGCCCGAUCUGUUUGGAUAGAUUCGACAAUGUUGCGUAUCUAGAUCGUUGCUUGCAUAAGUUUUGUUUCCGUUGUGUCCAGGAGUGGUCAAAAAACAAAGCAGAAUGCCCACUCUGCAAACAACCUUUUCAUUCUAUUUUCCAUACAGUUCGUGCUGAGGAUGACUUUAAAGAGUACAUACUCCGACCGUCAGAAAAUGGCUCUUUUGCCAGUCCUGAUGGCCGGAGAUUUCGUUAUCGUACUACGUUGACAAGGGAACGUCGCACCUCAUCUUACCAUCGACACACUUCCUCUUCCCGAAGGACGCUGUCCCCUCCAGAUAAUGGAAUAUUGUUUGAAGGGUUAUCAAGCCAACCAGUGCGGCAGAGAGAUGGAGAGAUUCAGCAGAUGAUAAGGAGGCUCGCCUCAAGGAGGCAGGCUAGUGCAGAAGGCAGAUUUCUGCAGCAGAUUCAGGAGGAGGACAUGAUCAACUUCCGCAGAGCUCUGUAUCGCACUGGUGUGCGUGUUCGUAGUAUUCAGGAUGGUGGCCGCUAUCGAGAUAUUUCAGCAGAGUUUUUUCGCCGGAACCCUGCUUGCCUUCACAGGUUGGUUCCCUGGUUGAAGCGGGAACUUACAGUCCUAUUUGGUGCCCACGGAUCUUUAGUUAAUAUUGUACAGCAUAUCAUCAUGAGUAAUGUGACAAGGUAUGAUCUGGAAAGCCAGGCCUUUGCUGAUGAUUUAAAGCCAUUUUUGCUGAAUCGGACUGAACAUUUCCUACAUGAAUUUGUCAGUUUUGCCCGGUGUCCUUUUAAUUUAGAGGCGUAUGAUCAGCAUGCCAAUUAUGACUGUCCUGCUCCAUCGUACGAUGAAGGAAGCCACUCAGACUCAUCAAUUAUUACAAUAUCUCCGGAUGAAGCAGAUUCUCAAGGUCCAGAUCACAGUUCAUCCGUGACUGGUAUUGAUCAAGCUCCGUGGGAUGAUGAAACUCCAGGGCCCUCAUAUUCCAUCUCAGAAGAGGUUCAUGCAACCAUAGCUUCUCCUUUGGAGACUUCAGAAAGUUCUGAUGAGGACUCUGCAACAAAGAGAACUGCAGUGCAAACCCAGAUACAGGCUAAUGCUGGUUCCAAUGACAGUGACUCUUCUUCAGACAAUUGUGUUAUUGUUGGGUAUGUUAAGCCUAUAGCUGAGAGGACACCAGAACUGGUUGAGUUGUCUUCGGACUCUGAGGAAUCAGUCAAGGAAGAGAAAAGGGAAAAUAUCAAGAAACAGCAGCCAAUCCAGUUUCACAGUUGCAGUGACAGUGAACAAAGCCCGAGUUCCUCACCACACUCUCCUAUGUAUAACGAGAACCUAGGUAGCUGUAAAAGCUGCUCAUCCCCUGCAGCCAAGAAGAUGGAGUCAAAAGAGGAUGAGGACAAAAGUAAAAUAAAAAAUUUAUCUCCACAGGAAUUGAUCUGGAGCCCCUCUUCAGGAAGGGACAGGAUGUGCUCUCCUUGUAAUCACAGACUGUCCAGAAAGAGAAAGUCCAAAAGUCCACAGUCCUAUUCACAGCGCAGCAGAGGCAGUCAUGGCCACAGGACUAGGAGGGAGCAUCGUAGCAAAGACCAGCCUAAAAGGAAACAAUCAGGAAGCAGAGAGAGUAGCAAACAUAGGAGCAAAAGAAACAAGAGGAGGUCAAGAACCCGUGACUCAAGCAUCUCUCGAAAAAGCCAGAGAGACUCUCUAAGUCGUGAGAGCACUAUAUCCAGAGAAGUAAGCAGAUCACGAUCCCGUAGCAAAGGCCAUGGCAGAAGAAGAUCAAGAAGCAGAGACAGUGAUCAUUAUUAUAUAAGAGACAACUAUCAAAGUAGAUAUCAGUGGGGUUAUACUUUUUACAGUCGAAAUGUGGUUGGAGAUGGCUAUGAAUCCUCAUAUAAGAGGAGGACUCAGUCUAGUGCUCACUAUUCAAGGCAAUCUGCUAGUCCAGAAUACAGGAUACAAUCCUUUACUGAAAGGACAGAUCCACAUAGUCAGAGAGGACUCCAUGAGAGACAUUAUUACUAUUAUGAAAGAUGCAGGUCGAGGAGUCGAUCAAGUAAUAGGUCAAGGACCCCUUCUGGAGGGACUGACAGAAUGAAAAGUGAAAAGCCUGGUGGAAAAAGAAAGUACAAAACUCGCCACCUGGAGAAUGCAGUCAAGGAGAGUACAGUUCUAGAGAAAGAAAAUGACCCCAAGAAAGCUUCAUCAAAAUUCAGUGACUGCUACAAAAAUGAAGAUAGCCUUUCAGACAACCGAGCAAGUAGUGAGACAAAGCAUAAGAAGAAGAAGAAAAAGACCAGGAGUCCAAGUGUGGAGAUAGUCUAUGAAGGAAAAUUAACAGAGACAAUGAGGCACCAUAAAAAGAAAAAGAAAAAGCACAAGAAGAAACAUCGGAAACACCACCUGAGUAACUCGGUACAUUCUUCUCCAGUUGUGAUUACAAUUGAUAGUGAUAGUGACAAGGAGCAAGAAGGUAUUGAAUGUGACAGUAGUAUUACUUGGACAGGCUCAACCCAAAUAAAUGAGAGGGGAAAUGAGUCUCUCUCUCCUUUUUUGGGAAAGGCAGAGUGUAAGGGUGUUUAUAGGGUCAUCAAGAAAACUGGAGUAGCAGAUAAAAAUUGUAGUAUUGCUACCACAAGAGAGGACUUCAGUGGUGACAUUAGAAAUAUUGACGUUGAGCUUCAGGAAACAUCAGCUGAUCAGAGUCUUGCAGUAGUGGAUAACAGUAGUAAUACAGCUGACACAGAUACUGCAACUAGCCAUGUUCAAGGAGCACAAGCAGCAUCAUCCAGUCAACUGCCUUCUCCCAGGACUUCCUUUCUAGAGAAUCCAGAGAGACCACCAUUGAUACUGAGACUGCCAAAGAGACUUGUCCACAGAUCCUUUUGGUCUGAUUCCCCAGAAAAAAAAGUGUAGCAUGUUUUCCAAUGAACACUUCUUAAAAUUGUGAAUUUGUUUUAAUUACUUUUUUUCCUUGGAGAACAAAACACCUCAUGUGAUUUUUAUGUGUUAAAAGAUGUCUGGGAAAUGUGUAAAAUCCUUGAAUGUGUAUGCACUUUUAAGUCAAAGAAGAUAGAAUAUUGCUAGUAUGUAACUUUAAAAGUUUUUCAGAAGAGUGUUUGGAAGUUGGUAGCCAUCCUGUAUUCUCCUGUUAUGUAAAAUACACCCACAGAAUGUUUCCAAGUUGUGUUUUUUUAAAAAAAAAAAGCCAGAAAAAUGCAUUUUCCAAGGGUUGCCCUCAUUAUACAGUUCUCCAAAAAAUCAUUCAGUUCUGCUGGUAUUUUCAUCUAUGUGGGUAAAGUUUUCUGCUGAAAAAUAUUCAGUGAUUUCUAUAUAAAUCUUGAACAAGACUUCCAUUAAAGUAUAAAUGAAUUCUGUCAAAAUCCAAAUAAAGCAAUA